AUGGCAUUUCGCGGCACAGAAAGCCCCAUGGAUUUUGAAUGGCAAGGCCACGGCCCUAUGGAUCCCACCUCUCCUUUCCAUAAACACAUCAUGGAUGCACAAGCGAAGAAGCGUACACACAGCGAAUACGAUUCUCCCAAGAAACCUGCCCUUCCCGCCUUGCGCGAACCCAACAACCAACCUUUCUUCUUUUCCAAUCCUCCCGCCUCUCCCUCGCCGGCAUCACCUUUCCGCGCGCCUUCGUUCACCACUCCUCGCAAGCCGUUCGACAUCGAUUUUUCUUCUGGACCAGAGAACUCCUCCCCACUCGAUCAGACGGAUAACGACGAUACGCCCGACGCCAAACCCCUCCCGAUUGAAUUUAAAAGCAGUCCCCGAAAGGCAGAGAACAAACGAAGCUCGUUGUUCGGUCUCUACGGCAGGUUUGCGGCGAGCCCAGGACGAGGAGAGAUCCGAAAGCCUCAUAGCGACGCCAUUGCCCGGCGCAUCCAGAAGAAACGCCGACGAGCACAAAAGUUUGACAAACAAUUGGUCUUGGGCAAAGUAGACCAGACCGACGACAGCGAAGACGAUACUCCCCCCAGCCCAUCCAAGCCGAAAGGACCUCAAGUCGAAGAAGUGGGCUGGAUUACGGGUCUGUUCACGUUCAUUCACACAUAUCCUGAUGCGCCUUCCAUCAUAGCCAAGUAUCUACAGGUCUUCUUCAAUGCCGCCAUUCUCGGAGGAUGUCUCUACAUGUUUUGGUCCUUCUACGCCACCAUCCGCGCCGAUGUGGACCGUGCCAGUGACGACGCAAUGGCCGAAGUGCUGGCCGAGAUGGCAAUAUGUUCCAAGAACUAUGUCGAGAAUCGAUGUGGCGCCGACACCCGACUGCCCGCUCUCGAGAGCAUCUGCAGCAACUGGGAGUUAUGUAUGAAUCGGGAUCCCAGCGCGGUGAAGCGGGCAAGAUUGAGUGCGCAUACCUUUGCAGAGAUCUUCAAUAGUUUCGUGGAGCCGAUCAGCUUGAAGACAAUGAUUUUCACCAUUACGUUGGUCGUGGUUGGGUUGGUCGUCAACAACGCGACAUUCACGCUAUACCGACGACAACAAGAGCAGCACCACGCGGGCAUGUACCGACCACCUUCAGGCUCAUACAUGCAUCCAGGACCGCAGGACGGACAAAUGGGUCAUUUUGCUUUGCCUCCCGGGACGCCAUACGGUCAGCCUUACGUGGGCUGGCACACGGAUCAGGGUUAUGCCGGUCAGCAACAGCUCGAAUACCAGCGAAGUCCGAGCAAGGAACAUCGAGCACGGAGUCGCAGCCCGGAGAAGAGGGUUCUUGCGUGA